CCCACAGUCCGCCGCCUGCCGCCUCAGCGGAAAGGCGACAUCGCGCGCUCGCGAAUUCCCUACUACUUCGACCACUUCGACAAACUUUCAAAUAGAACAGUGAACACAAAGUGAGUCAACAUGGAUCCCCCGAGUCAGAACCUGAGUAAAGAGCAGAAGCUGGAGUUGUUUGUGAAUAUGACCAUUCAAUGCUACAAGAAUGUGCGAGGGAACCGCAGUGAACAGUUUAUUGAAGAUGAGGGAGAGCAUGCGGAGGACGGCCCCUGGUGCCCGCGUACGUUCGACGGGUUCGCGUGCUGGGACCCCGCGCCGGCGCCGUCCACCGCUGUGCAGCCCUGCCCUGGCUUCAUCGUCGGCUUCGACCCUCGCCGCCUGGCUUACAAGAAAUGCCUCGAGAAUGGAACCUGGUUCGCUUUGCCGGGAGGCAAGCGUCCCUGGACCAACUACACCACCUGCAUCGACAUGGAAGACCUCGGGUUCCGCAACGUGGUGAACGAGAUCUACGUCAUCGGGUACGCCAUCUCCGUGGUGGCGCUGAUCCUCUCCAUGCUCAUCUUCGUUUACUUCAGGACGCUGCACUGCACCAGGAUCCGCAUCCACAUGCAUCUGUUCACCUCCUUCACCCUCAACGCGCUUCUCUGGAUCACCUGGUACAAGACUGUCGUCAGCUACGCCGUAUUUGCACAGGAAAACUCCAUCUGGUGUCAGCUGCUGCACCUGGCGACCCACUACGCCAUGGUCUGCAGCUACAUGUGGAUGUUCUGCGAGGCUCUGCAUCUUCACAUCGCGCUCAUUGUGGUUUUCAUCAGGGACAAAGUGGCCAUGCGUUGGUUUAUGUGCCUCGGGUGGGUCUUCCCAAUGAUACUGAUAGCCGCUUAUGCCAUAGCCCGCAUUCAUGCUGAUGACGCUAUUGAAAGGUGCUGGAUGGACCCAAGCGACACCUUCUGGAUCAUAUCUAUACCUGUGGUUAUUUCUCUCAUCGCAUCUUUCGUAUUCCUGGUAAACAUCGUACGCGUGCUGAUCACGAAGCUGCCAGCCGUCAACCACCACACCCCCGCCGCCGUCAAGAAAGCCGUACGAGCUACUUUGAUACUUAUCCCGUUGUUUGGUCUGCACUUCGUCCUGAUCCCGCUGCGCCCGGCGCCCGACUCCCCCGGGGAGAAGAUCUACCAGCUCGUCUCCGCCGUGCUGACUAGCUUCCAGGGUGUCUGCGUUGCGAUCCUGUUCUGCUUCACAAACCACGACGUCUUGACCGCCGCCCGCACCCACUUCCAGCGCCGGUUCAACACCAACGAAGCUCUGCCCAUGACUGGUUUGACGGCCGGAGAGAGCGUAGCGAACACACGAGACAACGCAGCCUGAAACUGAACUGACUGAAUCCGAAUUUGUAUCAUGUAACCAUUCUCAAAAUAAUAAUAUCAAUUAUACUUACUCACGUAGAAAACUUGCACUGAUAUGACGCAUCAUACACAUUCCGUACUAUUGUGUGGAAGGAUCUGCCGGUCAUUUUAAACAUACAUUAGCACCUAGAAUAAUAAGUCUCUCUAUACUAUACCUACCCAAAUGGGUUGGCUAUUGCCUCCUUAUCAUGAUCAAUAUAACUUAGUAUCUUAAACUAUGUUUAAAAUUUUAUUGGCAAACGUAAGUUAAUUAAAUAUUGUUGCUAAGUUAGGUAUAUAUUUAUAAUAAGUUAAAUAUAUUUGGUUGUAUAUUUUUUUAAAUUAUUUAUUACAAUUCGUUCGUUUAUUCGUCAAAUGUCUUCACCAUACACUCCAUGGUACACGCAUGACAGUAACUGUUGCGAUUAGGAGAGGUCAACCUCCUCCCCCAUCAAUAAAAUACUGUCCUAAAGUUUCUAAUAUUAUAUUUAAAUAAUAUUUUUAUCAAUAUAUUUUUCUCUGCUCCGUCCACAGACAUCACUAAAUUUUUCAGUACCGAAGUAUUAUUUUGAUAUUAUUUUUUGCAAUAAAUAGUAGGUACCUAUCAUUUAAUUAUAUCAAUAUUCAUUUCCUAGAUACGAAUUAAAUAUAUCUAAUCCUUAUCAGAUUUAUGUAAAAUAUUUAUGCCUAAUCUUUACGGAGCAGCCACAAACACUGCACAGUAGGACAUAGGCCUCUUCCAAGACUGGAAGGUUUUCGCAUAAUCCCCAUGUUUAACAUCCAGGCUACCGUACUAACACCGACUCAUUAGCAAAUCAGAAAUCCUUCAGUAGUUUCGUUUACUGCCAAACAUGUAUGAUCCAUGCAAGUCCGAUUCGAUUUUAGGAUAUCUGUUGAAGAUUGUCGAUUGCUAAUGUUCGAUGGUGGUAAUCCCGCUGGUUGAAUAUAUAUUAU